AUGUGGAAGUGUUUACUUUGUGGAAUUGUGUUGUACCCGCUCCUGUUAAUACCAAUUCAAUGUCAAUACGCAGGAGCUAGCUGUGUUUCGAAUGUAGACAGCACACCUGGAACAUGUGUCCUGUUACAAGAAUGUGUGCCGCUUAUGAAAGAGAUAAAAAUAUCUGGUUCGCCAAUAUCACCAAAAUUAAGAAGAAAGCUGCAAUUGCUCUCUUGCGGCUUUUUAUACGAACAACCUUUGGUGUGUUGUUCGACAACAACCGAUGAUAGAGUCGAAGUCGUCGAUAAUGGAGGGAAUAAGCAUGGAAUGACUGAUAUUAUCGCAAAUGGCGGCCCACCCGACGUGAGAACACAUCCAAAUCUUAGCUUAUUACCCACGCAGUGUGGAGUCAUUGAAAGUGAUAGAAUAUUUGGUGGAAACAGGACGCGCCUAUAUGAGAUGCCUUGGAUGGUGCUGAUCGCAUACGAUUCAGCACGUGGCACAAAACUUAGUUGUGGGGGUACACUUAUUUCGGAACGGUACGUUCUAACUGCAGCCCACUGUGUGAGCUUCUUAGGAACUAGACUUGCGCUUUCAGGAGUCAUCCUUGGCGAAUAUGAUGUCAGGAAAGACCCUGACUGUGAGCGAGUAGAGGGAGAGUUAAACUGCGCACCAAAUUCGAGGAAUGUAACAAUUGAAAGUGUGAUAGCACACCCGGGAUACAAUCCUCAGGACCUGGUCGAUGAUAUAGCACUGGUGAGGCUAUCCGAACGAGCUGACUUUACUUUAGAUAGCAUGAAACCCAUAUGUUUGCCGACUACACCAGAACUACAAAAUGAGCCACUGGACGGUUUAAAGGGUGUGGUCGCAGGAUGGGGAGCCACGGAAAAUGGACUACAAUCUCCAGUGCUACUCAGCGUCGACCUGCCGAUUGUAACCAGGAAGGAAUGUCAAGCAGCAUACAAUGGAUCACCACAAAUCCACCAAAGACAAUUGUGUGCAGGAGGCGUUCAAGACAGGGACUCGUGCGGUGGUGAUUCUGGUGGUCCACUUAUGUAUCCGGGUCGAACACCGGUCGGCGUAAGGUAUGUUCAACGCGGCAUCGUCUCCUACGGCUCCAAGCGAUGCGGAGUAGGAGGCUUCCCCGGCGUCUACACGAACGUCGCCUAUUACAUGGACUGGAUAUUAGACAAUAUGCACAGUUAA